GCCAGAGUAACCGGAUCAUUGGUGGUGGUGUAGUCUUCCUGUGUACAGGAAUCUAUUUCCUGUGCUGAGAUCUACAAACUAUGCUUGCAGACCCUUAUCGACGUGGUGCUGUCUCAACACUAACUUGGAUCUGAAUCUCCCUGAGUGCUGGAGUCAGUUCUCCCAAGCGGUGGAGUUCUACCUUGCAUCUCCUACCAGGACCGCUUAGUAAUAGCUGUCUGCUGGCUCAGCGUCUAGUUCAUUUCAUACUUUCCAGAUCACUGUGUUUUAGCAGCCGGCGUUGCAUCCUCGGGCAGUAUGAGAGCCUGUCAGCAGGGAAGAAGUUCCAGUUUGGUUUCUCCAUAUAUGGCACCCAAGAAUCAGAGCGAGAGAUUCGCUUUCAUUGCAGAGUGGUAUGAUCCAAAUGCUUCAUUGCUCCGACGCUAUGAGCUGCUGUUUUACCCCACAGACGGAUCUGUUGAAAUGCAUGAUGUAAAGAAUCGUCGCACCUUCUUAAAGCGGACCAAGUAUGAGGACCUGCGCCUGGAAGAUCUAUUUAUAGGCAACAAAGUCAAUGUGUUUUCUCGACAGCUGGUGUUGAUUGACUAUGGGGACCAAUACACAGCCCGCCAGCUGGGCAGCAGGAAAGAGAAAACUUUAGCCCUGAUCAAACCAGAUGCAGUGUCAAAGGCCGGAGAAAUCAUUGAGAUGAUAAACAAAAGUGGAUUUACUAUAACCAAACUCCGAAUGAUGACUCUGACAAGGAAAGAAGCAGCGGACUUUCAUGUAGACCAUCACUCAAGACCUUUUUAUAACGAACUGAUCCAGUUUAUCACAAGUGGGCCUGUUAUUGCCAUGGAGAUCUUAAGAGAUGACGCGAUCUGUGAGUGGAAAAGGUUGCUUGGACCCGCAAACUCUGGGCUAUCACGGACAGAUGCCCCCGGAAGCAUCCGAGCCCUCUUUGGGACAGAUGGCGUGAGAAAUGCAGCUCACGGCCCUGAUACUUUUGCAUCUGCUGCCAGAGAAAUGGAAUUGUUUUUUCCUUCAAGUGGAGGCUGUGGGCCAGCGAACACUGCUAAAUUUACCAAUUGCACCUGUUGCAUCAUUAAGCCUCAUGCUAUCAGUGAAGAUUUAUUUAUUCAUUAUAUGUAAGUACACUGUAGCUGUCUUCAGACGCUCCAGAAGAUGGUUGUAAGCCACCAUGUGGUUGCUGGGAUUUGAACUCCGGAACUUCGGAAGAGCAGUCGGGUGCUCUUACCCACUGAGCCAUCUCACCAGCCCUGUUCUUCUUGCUAUAAACAAAUCUUGCUUCUGUGCUUUGAAUCUUCUGUCUUUCCAACCACAUAACUGAGGUUCACUCUCUUCUCUUUACUUAAAGCACUGUGUGUACGGCUGGAGACGUAACUCACCAGUUAAGUGUCAUUAUUGUUUUUGCAAAGGACCUGGGUUUGGUUCCCAGCACCCACAUAGUGGCUCACAACUAACCACAACUCCAGUUCCAGGGGAUCUGAUGCCCUCCUCUGACCUUGAGGGGAAAAGCAUAUAAGUUUAUUACAUCUAGAGCGUAUCUUUACUGAGAGAGUUGGAGAUACUGCCUCUAGUCCUCAGUAUCUGAAACAGUUCUUUGAUGGACAUGAAUAUCUAUCUAUGUAUCUACCUACCUAUCUCUAUCUCUAUCUCUGUCCACAUUCAUAGGCAUAUGUGGAUAUGCACACAUAUACACUGGGUCAGUAAAAGUUCACCCCUUGCUUUUAUCUCUUUUUCCAUCUAUUUGUUUGAGUCAAUUGUGUGCAUCUCCAUCUGAUACUCCAAGUUGUUUUGGAAAUAAUACGAAUAAUUUAAAAAAUACUCCUUGGAAAAUGGAAUAUACUGAGUAACAUACACAUUAGAGUGGAGUUUUUAAUGUGUUCUAAGCAUACAUAUAGUAGAAAAACUUGAAAAUUGUAAUACAUAUUUGUACAAGAGACAAUAAAAGUUUACCUAAACCGGGCACAGUGGUACACACUUAGAAUCUUAGCAUUCAGAAGUCUGAGACAGGACAAUGGUGCGUUUUAAGCCAUCCUGAGCUACAUAGUGAGUUUGAGGCCAGACUGGACGAUAUAUUAGGAAGAUCUUGUUGCAAAAAAUAAAAGCUGCUUUCUAUCAGAAUUGUUAUUGUUAAUAGUUUGGUAUGUUUCUUUCUGCAUUUGUGAGUGUGUGUGUGUGUAUGCAUAUAUAAUACAUAUGAGUGCAGUGUAGCUGAGAUGUGUAUCUAUAUUCUGUUUCUGUCAUUUAAUUUUUGUGAGCAUUUCUGACCUUCUUUGAGGGUUCAUGAAUAUUUUAAUGAUUAAUUGAAUAUUUCAUAACAAUCAUAUGUAUGAUAUUUGGGUUAUUUCUGUUUUUUUUAAUUAAAAAUAAGUUUCUCCU